GAUAACCUUUUGUAUCGGGAAUUGUCAGCUUGAAUUGCAAAUGAAAGUAUAUUUGCAUACCUAUAAGUAGAAGAAAAUGUUAUUCGCAUGCUCCGGCUCCCUUCUCUAGCGGCGCGUCGGCAACAUUUUAUUUGCAACUACCUUCAAGUUACAAUUCAAGUUUGAUAUAAAACUGCUUAUAUGGACAUUCGGUGUUUUCAAACGUUCGCCGUUGAUCGCACGAGAUUCGACUCGUGUCAUUCAAUCAUUUAAUAUGAACAAAAAGUGACAAUAUUCUAAUUCUCGAUUGAGAUAAAACAAAAGAUACUUAGUCACUUGAGCAAGUAGUAAUUAAGGAGCAACUAAUCAUGGCUUUUAACAAUCGAAGGAAAGGAGUGGGUCUGAAAAUACAACUCUCCGAAGAAGCUCCUCCCCCAGUUACUCCACCAAGAAAUCUAGAUAAAAGGACAACGAUUACAAUAGGAGAUAAGACUUUUGAGGUGGAUGCUGAUGAUUUAGAAAUGUUAUGCACUCUUGGACGCGGAGCCUAUGGAGUUGUUGACAAAAUGAAACACAAACAAAGUGAUACCAUCAUGGCAGUUAAGAGAAUUACAGCCACAGUCAAUACCCAAGAACAGAAGCGAUUGCUGAUGGACUUGGAUAUUUCAAUGCGAUGUUCAGAUUGCCCUUAUACAGUGCAAUUUUAUGGAGCACUUUUCAGAGAAGGCGAUGUUUGGAUUUGUAUGGAGGUUAUGGAUAUGAGUCUUGAUAAAUUUUAUACAAAGGUAUACAAACACAACCGUUCAAUACCUGAAGAAAUUCUAGGAAAAAUAGCCUUUGCAGUAGUAAGUGCACUGCAUUAUUUGUAUUCGCAACUAAGAGUUAUUCAUAGAGAUGUUAAGCCUAGUAAUAUAUUAAUUAAUCGAAAAGGAGAGGUAAAGAUCUGUGAUUUUGGAAUAUCUGGUUAUUUAGUUGAUUCUGUUGCUAAAACUAUAGAUGCUGGUUGUAAACCAUACAUGGCGCCAGAAAGGAUAGACCCUACAGGUAAUCCUUCGCAUUACGAUAUAAGGUCAGAUGUCUGGUCUUUAGGUAUUUCUCUACUCGAACUUGCAACAGGAAAGUUUCCUUAUGAAUCCUGGGGCACACCAUUUGAACAGUUGAAACAAGUUGUAAAAGAUGAAGCCCCAAAGUUACCUCCUAACAGGUUCACACCUGAGUUUGAAGAAUUUAUUAAUAAGUGCUUAAUGAAAAAUUACACGGCGCGGCCUAAUUAUAAUCAAUUGCUCGAACUUAGUUUUAUAAAAGAGCAUGCGACGAAAGAUACAAAUGUAGCAGGUUUUGUUGAAGAAGUUUUAGAUUUACCAGAUGCAGAGCAAUCUGCGUAGUUAAAAUAUUCAUAAUAGUUCCUUUUUUGAAUUUUCACCUAAAUUUUUUUAAUCUUUAUUAUAUUUUUGCUAAAAUUGCUACUGCCAAAUUAUUUAUCUAUCGUCAUUUUUAAUCAGGUAUGUGAAUAUUUCGAGACAAAUCAAGUCAUGAUGUACUAAUGUGAUUGGGAAAAAGUCGUUGAGCUAAUCAAAGUUUUUAAUCAUUAUUAUUAUAUUAGAAUAUCAUAAAAGAUCAAGUCAUGUUUUAGUGUAAAAAAUAAUACACACACACACACACACACAUAUAUAUAUAUAUACACACACACACAUCAACUAAGAUCAUCGUGAUUUUUUUAUACGUUAUACAACGAUAAUGUAACACCAAUUGAUUUACAAUAAAUAAAUAAUUGAAUCUCUUUACGAUUUUUUACGAUUAAA